AUGCCAUUCCUCCGUCUCGUUCCCGAAGAACGCGCCCCAUACCAUCCCGCCAGCAUGAACCAGCAACCCCUGUCCGGAGAAGGCGCCGGCGGCAGCCAAGCGUCAAAGACCAGCGCAGAUACAAAAUCACCCGCGGUCACCUCCAGCAGUGGCAGCGGCAGCGGCAGUGGUAGCGCCAGUGGUACUUCCGAUUGCAAGUUUCUCAAGCUUACUCCCGAACCGAACAAGUCGGCGGCCGUCCAUGUGCAACGGGGUACUACAGCCGAUGAUGAGGACAAGGCUGCUGUCGAAUCCACUGCCAAACAAUGA